AUGGACAAACCAACUACUAAACGUCGUCGCAUCAAUGCAGCCACCGCUCUUUCAAAGCCGUUCAAGUCCCCACUACGCAGACCUGCAUCAACAAACGCUGACGACACGCCAUCCAAGUCUGUUGAUGAGACAAGAGCCCCAGCGACUCCUACCAUUCCUGUAGAGUCCGACUCAAUAUCAAAUCUAUCAAGUUCGAGAGUAACUCCAGUGCUCCCUAAGCGCAAACGCACCCUACAACUCUUUUCCCCGUUCCACUCGCAAUCAUUUCAAACCUCCGACCCAGAGAUCAUAGAACUGCAAAAGCAACAACGGGAGAUCCAGUCCAAGGUUGAUGUGCUCAUAGCCAGACUCGAAAUCGCAACACAGGCCCACAAUCUCGAAAAUAACCCAAAAUACAUCGAGAUUCCAACUCUCAUUACCAAAUGGCGGUUCGCCAGUCAGGAUGCAGCCGACGAGGUGUUUAUCGGGGCCAAGGAAAGGGUUGAUCGUAUGGGGGGAAUGGUAGCCUGGAAAGAGCAGUCGAAGCGUGAUGCAACUCGGUGGGAGUUUGAUGAGGAGCGCUGUGAGCGGGAGCACAUUGACGAGAACGAGGAAGAUGUUGAUGACCUUGACACGGAGGAUUCUUCUCACCAUCGGAGCAAGAAUAAUGGCGAGGAGAGUCAGAAUGAGGUCUCCCCGCAUUUCUCUCCCACUCCCCCAUAUGUGCCCAAUUGCUGCAUGUCGCGCCCCUUGAAGCAUAGAGAUAUAGCAUGCGCUCGCUGCUUCCAACAUAAGCGGAAAUGUGAUCAUGCGAAACCUUCAUGUGGCGAAUGUCGUCGCAAGGGUGCUGAAUGCUUGCCUGCUCGGUCUCGGAAAACGGGAGAUAAUAUCACAAUCCCACUAGAGUAUUUGAGACAGCUCGAGAAACGGGUGGCCGAGCUGGAUCGUCAAUCCAGUAUUACAAAACCAACAGAGACAUGUGAUGCUGGAGUCCAGACGAAUUUUGAAGACCUAGAACAUAAGCGCAAUGACUCGGACUAUCUGAUGGCCGACCAGAAUAGUGGCGCAGAUAAUGAUGGAUCUCUCAUACUUCUGUCGGACUUGCAACACAGCAGUCAAGGAUCAUCUCAAACGUCUCCAUCUUUCUCCCCCGACACAUUCUCUUUAUUUCCAGAGACGACUUUCGACGUUCCAUGGAUUGACUUGACACCCUCAUAUCCUUUAACCGAGGACGACUCUCCUUGGUUGCGAGAGCUCUACACCAAUGUGUAUUUCUCCGUGACUCACCGGGAAUGGCCCUUCUUGAAUGAAGCAGCUUGGAAAUCAUGGCAUGCUGAGGCAAUCCUGGAUGGGCAGGAUGAAUGGAAAGCCUUCUUUCUGCAGAUGGUAUAUGCUAUUGGCGCAUCCCUAUGCAGUAACUUACAACGAGACCCCUCGCACUCCGUCCGGUCAAAGGAGUAUUAUGCAUCAGCUAUGAGAUAUUAUCCAUAUGUUGUUGGGCAUUCGUCUAUGGUCUUACAAAUCCAAGCUUCACUGUUCAUGAUACUUUACGCUAUGCAUUCUCCUUCUUCUGAGGAUAUCACAACGAGCGUUUCCUCCGUAUUGCCUUUCUGUACAGCUGCCAUGACAGAGAUUCGAAAGCACGUAUCGAUAUGCCGCGAUAAUGGGUCCAUGACCGAAUCUAGCGAAGUUUUGUCAGAGAACAUGUUCAUUACUUGCUAUAUGCUCAACGAAAUUAUUGUCUCUGGGUGGGAUCGCCCAGUAUCAGCUGCCUAUAGGGUUGUUGAUGAUGACAUGUGCACUCUGGGAGAUACCCUCCAACCAACCCUAAGCACAAACCCCGCCAUCAGCCACUUAUUCCGACUACGCAAAAUCCAAGCCAGCAUCAGAAGGUCGCGGGAGAACCGGUCCCGCAAUCCUCUCGCCAGAGAUGUGAAAGGCUACAGCUCCUCAUUCAAGUCCGCUCUCGAUAGGUGGCGGCAAGAGAUUCCAAAUUAUGAAUCAGACAAUGCUCAGCACGGCUAUCUCCAUCCUAUAUGGAUGCGAAAGCUAUAUGUUUACAGUCUCUUGAUUUUGAUAGAAGAGAAACGUGAUUUCCUCGAGAUUGAUGGGACGGAGGAAAUUCUCGCGACAAUUGGGGAAGCCUGUCUGAAUUUUCGGCUCUUGCAGGAGGAAGGGCAUGUAAUGUGCUAUACCUGGUCUGCACUUGUAUUUCAAUUCCGCGCGGGAAUCAUGAUGUUAUACAUUGUCUGGGCGACCGCUCCUGUCUCCGAUAUUCGGAACCAGCAGCGCAUCAGAGAGGCAAUUGCCACAUGCGCAGCCAAUCUGGCUGGCUUUGUCGACAGGUGGAAGGACGCAAUGCCAUAUAUGAAUGUGCUCGAGUUCAUACGACAGAAGAUUAUGUGGAAUGCCGGCACACUUGAACCUCAUUCCAGUGCUCCGUUAUCACUAGAGGAGGCUGAAUUGCACUUGGAACAGCUGAGGAAGAAUUAUUUGCACCGAGCUGUCUCGGGAAUGAUUGAGGAUAUGAUGUAUGGGGGGAGUAUGCAUCAGGACUUGUUAGAUGAAGACUUGAAAGAGAUCGUGUAA